AUGGGGCAGAAGUGCAUGGACAAGGUGUCUGCCUUCCUCUUCGAGUAUGACACCCCCAGGAUGGUGCUGGUGAGGAACAAGAAGGUGGGACUGACCUUCCGGCUGAUCCAGCUCAUCGUCCUGGCGUACAUCAUCGGGUGGGUUUUCCUCUACGAGAAGGGUUACCAGUCUCAGGACAGUGUUGUCAGCUCAGUCUCGGUGAAGAUGAAAGGCCUGACGGUGACCAACGAGAGUGUCAUGGGCCCUCACAUCUGGGAUGUGGUGGAUUAUGUUUUCCCACCCCAGGGGGACAGCUCGUUCGUGGUGAUGACCAACUUCAUCAUCACCCCUGGACAGAAACAAGGAACCUGCCCAGAGCUGCCAGAUGCUGGGCCCUGCAAGCAGGACAGUGACUGCACCAAAGGGAAAUACAGUCGCCAGGGACAAGGGCUGAUGACAGGCAAGUGUGUGCAUUUCAACAGCUCUGUGAAGACCUGUGAGAUCUUUGGCUGGUGCCCUGCUGAAGAUGAUGGCUACGUUCCUAAACCUGCCCUGUUGUCAGAAGCAGAGAAUUUCACCUUGUUCAUCAAGAACAGCAUCACCUUCCCCAGGUUCAAGGUGUUCAGGCAGCUGGGAGGGAUGGUGGAAACCGUUACCAAGCAGUACCUGAAGAAAUGCACCUACCACAGAGUCACUGAUCCCCUGUGCCCCGUGUUUGAGCUGGGGUACAUAGUGAAGGAAUCAGGGCAGAAUUUUACCUUCCUGGCUGUGAAGGGUGGAGUGGUGGGCAUCACCAUCGACUGGAACUGCGACCUGGACUGGCCCAUCCGGUACUGCAAACCCAUCUACCAGUUCCAUGGCCUCUACAAUGAUGACACUAACGUGUCACCAGGCUUCAACUUCAGAUAUGCCAAAUACUACAAGGAAGCUGGGAUGGAGAAGAGGACACUCUACAAGGUGUUUGGGAUUCGGUUUGACAUCCUGGUGAAUGGCAAGGCAGGCAAAUUUGACAUCAUCCCGACCAUGACCACAAUUGGCUCUGGAAUUGGUAUUUUUGGAGUGGCCUCUGUCCUCUGUGACCUGCUCCUGCUGCAUUUUCUCCAAGGACGGGACUAUUACAAGCAGAAGAAAUUCAAAUAUGCAGAACAGGAGCCUUCGAAGUCUCAUAAGAAGGAAAAGGAGCUGGACAACAAGCAGUGA